AUGUUAAUUUCGAAGCAUUCAUUCAACUUCAUGUUUUACCAUGUUGUUCUUCCCCCUUGUCUGCCACAGCAUGAUGAUGAAGACAUAUUGGAUGACAUAUUGGAUGCCGACUGGCCUCUAGAGCGCACGCUCCACCGGUUCGUUCAGGAAGCUCUUGAGUCGUUCAUACCAAAGAGCUCACCGGAAAAUGAAGAGCCCUUGAAUAUCUUGAUGACCAUGUUGAGGAAUUGGGAAGAAGUGGACGAGCAAGGUGCUGGGUGCCAAGAGACCCUUGCUCGGAUUAUAUCAGGUCUCAAAAAGAACAGGGCGGCUGCUCUAUACAUUAAGGCCCAGAACUGUGGCUGGGUGGCAUACUACGACAAAAGCAGCGACAAGGUCAUCGUGGAUGCAUUCGAAGUAUUACCUCGCGCAAAAGACGUGAUUUCUGCUCCGGGGAGUCUAGUUCGCCAGUUCCCUGGCGGAAGCGUGGCCAUCCCAGGUAGCAUGCUGGGGGAUGAUAGGUUUUGCAUGGAGCUUUCAAGAAACCUUGCGCGACUUUCGACUGAAGACGUGGAAGAAAUGAUGCCUAAGUCUUCCAAAGCUGGAAAACUAGUUCCUGAAGAGCGGGAUGCUACCCACCCGGGCCUUGUCACUGAAGGGUUGAUGACCCAGCUGUUGGCAUUUGGUGAACACAAUGCGGAGCUUUCCUUUACCAAGAACACGCGAGAAGAGGUCAACUGGAGAAGCAGCAAGCUCCCUUGGAGAAGAUCCCCUCAUUGGCUUGUGCUGCGAGUUGCCCUCCAGACAGUGCUUCAACGUGCUCUUCCUAAUGGAGAAGGUUACAAGCAAUACAAGAACUUUAUGCUAUAUUUCGUAGCUGAACUGGGGUGCCUCUCUACACGUGUCAGGCCUGUUGUUCCUGCAGAUUGUUUGGAGAUAAUUCGUGCCAAGAUAUGUCGACGCCUCUUGAAGUUGAAGGAAGGAGCCUGCGAUUUUGUUCUGGAACACGCGAAGUCGGCGGAGACGAUCAUGCGCUCCUCCUUGCAGAUUAUUCAGCAGGAUAUCAUCAGGUCAGGUGCGAUGCCAGUACCGAAAGGAAUUGCCUGCACACCAGAAGAUUUGCAGAUGUCACUCAAGAGUUCCCGAGAAUAUCUGAAUUCUGCAAUGUCUCGUGUUCCUGUCAAUAUCGAACAAUCAUGUUUCGAUCGACGCCACGAACCGCGCAAUCGAAUCAAUCGGGUUGGGCUACCUAUUUUGGAAAGCGGCGAUCUUCUGUCUUUAACAGACUUUGAGUGCUGGGUGAAAAAUGCAAUGGAGACCAAUUGCUAUUCUCGCGAUAGAGAGCCUUCGGAGCAUUCGUGUUGCUUGAUUGGAGACUUGCUUCAAACCUAUUCAGGGUUCGCAGUCGAAGCAUACAGUGACAGCCCAGAUGCCAUGUCCAUCGCAAUUAUCUGUAUAAUGGAGUUGUGGGUCAUUUUUGAUAAGAUGUGCAUUGCCAUCUGUCCACUCCUGGCAACGUACUCCCCUGAAGUACCAAGCAACAUCCUUGAAUCGCUGCUCUUACCACAACUCUCCGGAAUGCAACGAGCCAAUAAGAUCGAAGCCUAUAUCCAUUCCAGACACCAAGAACGAGCAGUCGGUGCUCCAAGCAUAUUUUCUGAUCCCAAGUCGCAAGGGUUUGCUGUUUCUUACUUUGACGGUUCUGAAAAACAUCAAAGGCUACGCGAGCGUAUAGAGCAAGAUGCACAUGAUAGCGUUGAGAGCAAAAAGAGAGAGUGGACAAAGAAGUCUCAACAGCAUGAAGAGCUUCUGCUCGAGGCUGCUCGAACCCCACACCAGUGGGACGUUGAUUCGCGCGGCAUAGAAUAUCACUCGGGAUCCUGCCAGUGCUGUUCCAUCGAAAGCCAUGCUAGGAAUAUUAGCAUUGACGUCUACGAAUGGCCACUUCCGAAGAGGGAGGAGACCCUCAAAACCGUUAUCUUCGAGUUGGACUGCCCACAUUGGUUUCUGAAGUGGCGCGAUGUCACUUGGCAUUUGGUCCAUGACCUUGGUCGGGUGCAAAUUGAAAAAGGACACAAAAUGGAGCAAAAUCUGCUCUCUUACAAAGAGACUCAACAGUUCUGCGUAAGCUGGGGCCAACGUCUUACUUUAGGAUCAACAGCAAAGUCGUGGAAGAGGACUCAUUACAGUAGUCGUCAAUUCCCUGUGGCUUUUGGUGACAUAACAUCCCUAAAUGCGUUACGGUUCCGGCUUCUCGACACCAAAGACAACAGCUGGGUAGGAGACCAAAAAGAUCAUCCUUCGCUGAAGCGUUGGUGUAUUUUUAACCUCCCUCCGGGGCCGUACACUUGCCUGCAAUAUACAGUGGAUUCGUUCCUACACUCCGAGAAUAAGGUCAUUGCGGAUCAGCAAAAGUGUCCUUCUGAGCUGAGUUUGCAUGAAUUCAUCGCUUUUGGCUGCCUUCGAGCGGGGUCCAGAGUGCAGUGGUAUAACAUGGUUCGUGAAUUAGCGUCGUCUUCUCUCGCAAUGAACGAGGAAGCAAUAUGCAUGUUGUAUCGUCAAGCAGCCUGGGAACUCAGCGGCCCAACCCCUGGCUCGAAGCUAAGAGAGGCUCACGUAGCAUUUGCACAGGGUGGCUUCGGUAGCCGGUUAUUGGACUGCUUGGACCAUAAGCUUGGCUGUAUUGAAGCCAACUGGAAUGAACAUCAUACUUUGCACACGCUGGUCGUUUUGGGUCUUCGCACCCUCAGUUUGUCAGAUGAAUUCUCAACUGUUGAACGAGCGAAAGAAUUUUUGCGUCGAAGCCGAAAGAUUGCUUUAAAGUGGUGCGAGAAUCUCACCGCUAACCUGUCCACUCAAACAGACGCACAGAGUGAAGCACAUCAGUUGCUUAUUGUCAAGAUAGGGGGAUUAUGUCAGCUUACGUACGCGGUAGAGCCACAGCACCUUCCACUUCUCCUUGACAACCGUGCAGACCUAUUUCAUCUAACCCGGUCCUCAAUCCUGGUUUUCGAAAAUUCGCCUCGAUCGCAUGUGAACAUUUCUUCAGGAGUCAAAAACUCUCUCAUCUGGACAGCCAAAAUUCUUCAUAAUAUCGAAGAGCAUACCCGUCAUUUGAUUGAGACCGAUGCAUCAGGCUUCAAUGAAGCAAUUAACAAGAGUGUGCAUGAUCUGCAGAUCGCGUCUGCCUGGAGAUCAUGUCCGGGGGACUCUUCACGAUGGGUUAUAAAUGAAACGAGUGCAGACACCCAUGGAAGCCCACAAAAGAUUCACUACAAUCUGCUUAGUGGAGAGCUUCUCUUGGCAAAUUGUCCUCCUGGCCGCCUUCCUCGGGAGUACACUAGCCUGUCAUUGUUUCAACGCAUAUUCGGCAAUGUGAGAAGCCCUUGA